UAAACUCUUUCUUCUCUUUGUCUCUCUCUCUCUCGCUCUGCACAUUGAACUCAAAAAAUGAUGCUUUCUUCUUCACCCAGUAAAAUACUAAUUGGUCUGCCCUUAGACACAAAUGAUAGCAGAGAACUUCUCUCAUGGGCAAUUAGAGUGCUAGCCAAUCCAAACGACACCAUUGUGGCCUUUCAUGUUCUUGUUUCUAAGGAUAAGAAGAAGAAAAGGAAGAAGCGUGCUUCAAUGACAAGAAGGCAGUCACAACUUCGACAGGCUAAAGCCUCUGUCAUAUCUGUGCUUGGUGAAUUUGCCAAGACGUGUUGGUCUAAGCAGGUGAAUCUGGAAGCCAAAGUGGCAUUUAGUUCCAGUGUGGGUGGAGGUUUAGUUGAAGAAGCCAAGUCAAUAUCUGCUGACUUUCUUCUUCUUCGUGGUUCUAGAAACCCGUCUAACAAGAAUCACGCCUCUAAUGGAAUCACCAAGUACUGCUUUGAGAAUGUUCACGAAAGCUGCACCUUAGUCUCCGUUGGGAAAAGCUCCAAAUCCAGUUUUACAAAUUCUCAAGGCUCAGGGUGGCUUGUGAAGGAUAAGGAAAGUGACAGGGGAGCAUCCCCUGUUUUGAAGGCUUUUAUCACAGGCUCAAACUCUAAGACACAAACACGUUCACCAAGAACAGUAUUGGACGCACUUGAGGGUCAAUCUAACAGCACAGAAGAUGACACUUUUAGCACAAGAGUCUCAAGCAUUACAGACACUCCCUCAACAGGUUCUAAAAUCAAAAGCCAAUCCAAUUUAAGGAAACCACAGUCGCCAUUCAGAUUCAUAGCCUCACUCCUUGCCUCACCAUUAAGAAGGAAGAACUCCAAGAAGUCCCAAAAUGAAAAGAAACAACCCUUGUUAAAGUGCUUCAGUUAUGAGGAGAUCUCCAAUGCCACAAAUGGCUUCCACCAAGACAAUUUGGUGGGACGAGGUGGGUACUCUGAAGUAUACAGAGGAGAUCUUUCUGAUGGACAAACUAUUGCAGUGAAAAGGUUGUCCAAGGACAACAAGGACCCUAACAAGGAAAAGGAGUUCCUCAUGGAAUUAGGAGUCAUCGGACAUGUCUGCCAUCCUAAUACUGCAUCUUUAGUUGGGUGCUGCAUUGAAAAUGGACUCUACCUGGUUUUCAAAUACUCCCAAAAUGGAAACUUGGCCACUGCAUUGCAUGGUAAAUCAGGAACGUCACUUGACUGGUCAGUGAGAUACAAAAUCGCCAUUGGAAUAGCAAGGGGUCUGCAUUAUCUUCACAAGUGUUGCAAACGCAGAAUAAUUCAUCGUGACAUUAAAGCCUCCAAUGUGCUUCUGGGUCCAGAUUAUGAACCACAGAUUACUGAUUUUGGGCUAGCAAAGUGGCUUCCAAACAAGUGGACUCACCAUGCCGUAAUACCAGUGGAAGGCACGUUUGGGUACUUGGCACCAGAGUCCUUCAUGCAUGGAAUAGUGGAUGAGAAAACUGAUGUUUAUGCCUUUGGGAUUCUUCUCCUGGAGAUUAUAACUGGAAGAAGACCUGUUGAUUCUAAGAAACAGAACCUUCUCCUUUGGGCAAAGCCUCUGAUGGAAUCAGGGAACAUUAAGGACCUAGCUGAUCCAAGAAUGGAAGGUGUAUACGAUGAAGAGGAAUUGAAUAGAAUAGUUAUCACAGCUUCAUACUGUGUGAGACAAUCUCCCCUUUGGCGUCCCCAAAUGAGCGAGGUGUUGGAGCUGCUAAUUAGUGGGGAAGACAGUGAGGCUGGGAACAGCAGGAGGAUCCCAAAGUUCACGUCUGAUGAACUGGAUGAUUAUUCCAUGGCUUUUGGAUAUGAAGUGCCUUCUGACAUAUCUCUGCAGGAUUUUUUGUGAGGGUGACAAGUAGUUUCAGAGGAUUCUUCUCAUGUUUUGACAUGGCAGGGCUUGAAGAUGAGAGGGUUUUAUGUUUUGGGGAAUGUGGGUAGGGAGAUCAGAGGUUGGGUAAUUCUGUUUGUUUCUCAACACAAGAAGGGCUUUGCUCAUGUUGGCGAGAGAUAUAAAAUAGCCUAGUGAAAAUGAAGACAUAAUUUUCCUGGCA